AAAGCUUUGGGAUGGAAACUACAAAAGAGGGGUAGCCGUCACAGCCUCACAGGGCUCUUCCUCUGUUUCUCUCUCUUCUCUUCUCUUCUCUUCUCGUCUCUUCUAGUUUUCCGUCUCACGAAUAUCCUGCCUUGCCCAACCGCAAUAAAAAAGGGAAAACCCUGGAUUAGGGUUUUUUCUCCUUUUCUCGGAGCUCAGUUCUUUCCCUCCAACCGUCAAAUCGAGAAGAAGGCUUUAACAGUGAUAACGAAGAUUCAUAGGUCUCGCAUAAAAUGCUACGCUACUGUUUUUAGACAAGAGAUAUGGUAGUGAGAAUUGUUAUCUGGUGACCUAGCACAAUUAAACUUCACAUAGAAGACACGGUAUGAAAAGAUGAGCAUGGGGACAAAAAAUUCAGAUAUUGCACUAGCAGAAGAAAUCAAACUCCAGGCUAAUGAAGCAUUUAAAGCUCACAAGUAUUCUCAAUCUAUUGAUCUGUACACUAAGGCAAUUGAAAUAAAUGGUCAAAAUGCUGUGUACUGGGCAAAUCGUGCAUUUGCCCACACCAAACUGGAGGAAUAUGGUAGUGCUGUGCUGGAUGCGACAAAGGCUAUUGAAAUUGAUCCCAAAUAUUCAAAGGGGUAUUACAGGCGUGGUGCUGCAUAUCUUGCCAUGGGGAAAUUUAAGGAAGCUUUGAAGGACUUUCAGCAGGUUAAGAAAAUCUGUCCAAAUGAUCCUGAUGCUACAAAGAAGUUGAAGGAAUGUGAGAAAGCUGUGAUGAAGCUCAAAUUUGAAGAAGCCAUUGCUGUGCAUGACUCUGAAAGACGUUCAGUAGCUGAUUCAAUAGAUUAUCAUACCAUAGCUCGGUAUCAGUUGCCACUAGAACAUAGUGGCGUCUAGGCGAACCAAGGCAUU